CGCGUUGACAGCGGUCUCUGUUGUCGUCCACGUCCACCGACUGCCCUCCCCGUCGCUCAUUCCUCGUCGUCCUCUCCUCCCGUUUCCUUCUCCCGCUCCUCGUGCUUUCGAUAUGGCCACCGCUGAAGAGAUCCGCGCCAACUCCUACGUUGGUUUUGACACCAUCACCCAGCAGAUUGAGCACAAGCUCUUGAAGCGCGGCUUCCAGUUCAACAUCAUCGUCGUUGGUCAGACUGGUCUCGGAAAGUCGACGCUCAUCAACACCAUCUUCGCGUCCCACCUCAUCGACUCGAAGGGUCGUCUCGAGGCGGAUGAGCCCGUCAGGCAGACGACGGAGAUCCAUCCCGUCUCUCAUGUCAUUGUUGAGAACGGCGUGCGACUGCGUCUGAACAUCGUUGACACCCCUGGCUACGGCGACAACGUGAACAACGAAAACUGCUGGGACCCGAUCGUGAAGUACAUUAAGGACCAGCACAGCGCGUACCUCCGCAAGGAGCUCACCGCGCAGCGCGACCGCCACAUCCAGGACACACGCAUUCACUGUGCGCUCUUCUUCAUCAACCCUACCGGCCACUCUCUCCGGCCUAUCGACGUCAUCGUUAUGAAGAAGCUGUCCGAGGUCGUCAACGUUGUGCCUAUCAUUGCCAAGUCCGACAGCUUGACGCUCGAGGAGCGGGAUGCGUUCAAGCAAAAGAUCCGGGAAGAGCUCGUAUACCAUAACAUCCGUCUCUAUCCAUUUGACACGGAGGAGAAUGACGAGGAGGAGAUUCAGCUCAACGAGAGCAUCAGGAGCAUGAUCCCCUUCGCUAUCGUCGGUUCAGAGCGCACUGUCAUUGUUGACGGCAAGCCCGUUCGCGGCCGCAAGAACCGCUGGGGUGUGGUCAACGUCGAGGACGAGAGGCACUCCGAGUUCGUCUACCUCCGCAACUUCCUCACUAGGACGCACCUCCAGGACCUCAUCGAGACGACGGCACAGAUCCACUACGAGGCUUUCCGAUCAAAACAGCUGCUCGCGCUCAAGGAGCAGACCAACGCCCGCCCGUCGGCCGCGGCGCAGUAAACGCGUGCAAUUCCCUGCAUAUCCUAAGCUCCGGCUGCCGCAUGCUUACGUGCGGAAGUGAUACCCCCACAGUUGGAAUUCCCUUCGCUCAUUCUGACUGUGUUGCCGUUACUGUUGCCGCCGAACGCUCGUUGUUGAUCUAUCCUCUCCCACCCAUACUCGUUUGCGCCCUUUGGAUGUUGACUUUGGUUGCCUCAUAUAGUGCCUCUAUACUCUGUGUUGUCUCGUAUUGCCGAUGUGCCUCUACGCUCGUUUCUAAUAGCAUACCUUCUUCUGCUUGUCCAUAACUGCUGGUGUCGGCCGACCAUGGGUAUUGGGAAACACAGUC